AGUUCAGAGGCUCUGAGCCAAAGGCUGUGGCUUCCUGUGGUUGAGAGCAGGUACCCAACUGCUAGGCACAUGGAGAGCAACAUGCUCUUCACCCUGCUGGGGCUGUGUGUGGUGCUGUGCGUGGGGCUGGCAUCUGACUUACAGGGUACAGAACUGAAGGACUUCGACAUAAACAAGGUAGUCACAGUUAUAGUGAGCCAAGUUCCGUGGGGGUUGGGCCCUGCCCAGAGUCAGCCUUCAAUAUUCUACCAUCUUGGGUGCCCUUCACCCCUAGAACUUUCCAGACUGCUGCAUCCCUUGGAAGGGAGGGAUGUAGAAUGGCUCUCAGGGUCCCAAAUCCUGAAUGCUGGUACACCCGGGCAGUUCCUUCCUCUAACUACUGUCUCCCAGUUUUUAGGCCUCUGGUAUGAGAUUGCCUUUGCCUCCAUGGUGGAUACACAUGACUUAGCGCACAAGGAACAGAAGUUGGGAGCCAUGACAGUCAACCUGGAAGAGAACCUUCUGGCUCUGACCACCGCCUAUUACAAUGGGGACCACUGUGUGGUGGAGAAGGCUGGGGCCGUUCAAGCAGACCAUCCAGGGAAAUUCAAGGUCACCAAAAUAUCAGGAAGCAAAGAAGUUUCUAUUGUGGCCACUGACUACCAGACCUAUGCCAUCGUAGAUAUCUCUUCUCCAGUAGCUGAGACAGCCUACCGGGCCAUGAAACUGUACAGACGGAGUCUGGACAACGAUGAGAAAGUCCUGAGCAAGUUCCAGAAGUUAGCCUUGGAGAAUGGGUUCACCACAUCAAACAUAAUCGUUAACAAGCAUGACUUAACCUGUGUGAACACAUUGCAAUCGGUGAGUCUCCGAACUAAGCUGGGACUGUGCUGGGCACCCAGACUGGGUGGGGACUCUUUCCCAUGUCCUUUCUAUCACAUUGAUGAGGGUAGGAGCUUUCCACCGGCCUGGUAUCUGUGGGCAGCUGGGUAGUGUAUUUGAUCACUUUACUGGA